CAUCAUCAUCAGCUCGGCAUUAUAUCCAUUUGGGUGUCUGGCUUUCAAGAUCCUUAUCGUUCGAACGAUUGCAUUUAAGCUGAUCCAAUUCAGACGGCUUAAUUGCAUAUGUCUGGCUUUGGACGAGCCCCCAAUAGAACGAAUCGCUGGACUUUGUCCUGCCCUGAAAUCAAAAAUCCACCAGCCGAUCACGAUGACUGCUCAGUUUGGGUCACGCGACUGCCGCUUAAACUAUUCGAUCUGCUCGAUUAAUUAGUGGAUCGCCCCUCUAAUCGAGAGUUAUAAAUUAAGCGGUUAGGCCCAGGCCAAGCUCAGACUGACUGAAAUAAUGGCGUGGAAUAAAGCUCUGCUGAUUUGCUCUUUGGUGGCCACAGUUUCCACUAAUCCACUGGAUGUGGACUGCACCCAUCGACAGGAUUUUCAAACUGUAAGAGGGUGCUGUUCCCUUCCCACCUUAAGAUUCGAGCAGUUCAGAAAAAAUUGUGGUAGAUAUAUGCCCACUGGAGCUCCCAAAGUAUCACCGUGCCUAUAUGAAUGCAUCUUUAAUGAGACAAAAAUCCUUGUGAACUCCAUACCGGAUCCAAUUAAUACGCGUGCCAUGUUGGAAAAGCUGCUGGGCAACAACCUGGACUUUCUGGAGGCAUAUCUUGAUGGCGUAAUAAACUGCACGGAUACUGUCCAGGAAAUGAUAAGGAAUCGAAGGCCCCGUCAUAUCGGGGUAACUGAUUACUGCUCCCCGGUGGCUCUCUUCUAUGGAAUAUGCUCCCAAAAGUAUGUCUUCAACAACUGUCCAUCGUCCAGUUGGUCAGGCACAGAGUCAUGUGAGAUGGCGCGAUUGGAGAACCUGCACUGUCCGAGUGCGCGGGCAUCACGUGGCGCUGGUGCUGCGUUACGAAACCCUGUGAUUUCCAGUAAUAAAACUUAAAAUUA